AUGAAAGGCCGGCUUUCGUAGCCAGGGGAGCCCCUAGUAGCAAUCCCACUUGCACUGAAGCGAAAAGAUAGACCCCAGAAUCGAAAUUCACAUCACCGCCGUCCAUCUGAAACUACCGAGAUCCGGCCCCUCCGCCGCUGCCACCAAAGUAUAGAUUUCUCUCCGCCUUCUCCCCGUCUCUUGUCGCCUUUUCCAUGGAGUGGUGAAACCCCUCUCAGGUGACUCCCAUUUGCUCUAUGGGUAUAAACUAGAGAGCCAGUGUCUUGAUGUCCAACCUCGCAAUGCCAGCCGCGCAGCAGCGCCGAACAGCAGCAGCAGCAGCAGCGGAUAGCGCACCAGGCGCAAACAGCAACACCACCACCGAUUAUGCCACUCAUGUCACCGGCUCGACGACCACCUCCCCCGCCCGCUCAAGGGCGCAAACUCCUCGAUAUGUCGACAACCCGCCUCCAUACAGCAGCAAGACUGCGACAACCACGGCUGUCUCAACAGCCAUAUCAGCCGAGCCCAUAACCCACCCCUCCGUCACCGCCGAUCACCACCACCACCACCAGCUCCUCCGAGCCGUCACCCAAUCCUCCGGCCCUGUUCCCCCCUCGUCCGGGCAAACCCAAUCCACGUCCGUCCUCCGACCCCGCGUCGCCGUAGUCUUGGGCAUCUCAACCCCAUGGCAGAUUCUCCUCUACAUCAGCCGCCUCGGCUCGAUCGUUCCGGGAUUAUGGCUCGGCCUACCAUGCGUCCUCCGCCUCGUCUACAUGAUCUUUUCCAUUCUGGUCACCAACCAUGUCGUUGUUGGGAACGGACAGCACGGGUUCUCUUUUGGGAGGUUAUCUAAGCCUUCUUCUGCCGUUUCCUGCACCUCACCCCCUUCUGCCCCCACGACAGAGGUACCGCCAACGAGGAUACCAACCACGGGGUUUGACAUUCCCUUUGAGACCAGCCUGAGGAUAACAGAAACGCUGCUCGCUACCAUUUGGUGCGUAGCCUCCUCCUACCUCUCCUUCUUCUUCACCGACUGCCUCAUGUCCCGCUGGCUCCUGAACUACACCCCCCAAGCCACCAUCGUCCGCCUCCUCGCCAUAUCAGCCCUAAACGGCUGGUGCACAUGGGGAGUCCUCUACCUAACCGGCGGCUCCGAGGAUCCCCGUCUGCUGCUACCAGGCUGGAUAGUGAUAUCUACUACCCUCACCCUCCUCUACCACCUAACCCAACGCAAAAUCAACAUCCGCAAGGAAACCCGCGCCUCCAUCUCAGCCUUCUCCAUCGCCUCCUUCACCUCCAUGGUCGCCCUCCUCGCCCAGCUGCACUCCAACCGCACCGACUAUCCCGACAUCCCGCUCGUCACUUUUCUGUCGCAGGUCUGGGGGGUCAUCACGGGGCUGGCGCUGAAGAUUAUGGAGUAUGGGAAUGUGACGAGGGAUCUUUAACACGUCUCUUUCGUUUCACUCUAUUUUGAGCACUUUUCGAGGGAGUCAUCUUGGAUCUUGUCAAGUUGCCGUUCCUGUUUUCUUUUUCUGUUUCUUUUUCUGCUUCUUUUUUCUGUUUCUUUUUCUGUCUUUUCUGGGUUCGAGUUUUAUACCUAUCCUUAUUUCAAGAUUGGGACUGUGGAAACGGUCAAAUGGGGGAAUGGUUCAGGCAAAUGUGGUAGCAUUGGCGUCAUGGUUAUCUUUAGAUCUUGUUCACACGCAAAAAGCAUGGUGAUAAUCCCGUUCGGCUUGAUACAGUAUGAUGGCAGCAAGUCAUCAGUCACA